AUGGAAAAUCCAGACAUCCCUGCAGAACAAGGGGAAGCGGAAGUACAUCCAUUGGGGUUAUACGAAGGAAAGAGGAACGAGAAAGGUGAUAGACAUGGUCACGGGAAAGCAUUUCUUCCAAAUGGCGAUAUGUACGUUGGAUUAUACUGCAAAGGAUUGAGACAUGGUCGCGGACUAUACGUGUUCAAAAUCGGUGCCCGAUAUGCCGGCGAAUGGAGACAUGGCGUUAAGUAUGGUCAAGAGACUUUCUGGUACCCUGACGGGACGCGUUAUGAGGGUAAGUAUUCCGCAGGCGAGUGGAAACGAGAUACUAGGUACGGGUUUGGUGUGUAUUAUUAUAUGAAUGGAGACGUCUACGAAGGCUCCUGGAAGAAGAAUCUUCGACACGGCAUGGGGUUUUAUCUUUACGCAGAUGCGAACUCGAAAUUCAUGGGCACGUGGAUCAAGGAUCGUAUGCAAGGGCCUGGACAACUAAUCCAUCCCCGACAUCGGUUCCAUGGAUCUUGGGAACUCAAUUUGGUAAAAUAA